AUGUUAACUAGAAACUUUGUUAAUGACCCAAAAUUUGUCGCAAAAACCAACAAACUUUUAAAAACUAAUGAAGUUUUUAUCAAGAUAGACAAACAUCAUAAAGUUACAAUUACAACUGCUACUAUUAAUACUGGAGAAACACCUAAAGAUAACGCAGCAAGUAUUAAUCCCAGUAAGUCUUCGAUAACAAAUGUUCCUUUUAGAACCGAAACAAAGUUGUCACCAAAAGCUGCCGUCACAACAUCUAAGAAGCAGGCAUAUCAAAAACUCCGUCCUGAAAAAUAUUCUGGAAAUCGUAAAUGGCAUACACAAUUAAACCCUCGUACCUCUAUAUCCAAUAGUGAUGAUAAAAUUCUUUUCUUUGGUACUAACCGUGUUGGUAGUGUUACUUAUAGCGUCGAAUUUAAAUGUCCAUUACCUACUGACAUUGACCUUCCCGUUCAAAGUAAGCAAAAUAAAAAAAAGGCAGUAACAUUUUUUGGAGCAGUGAAAGUCGAAUCGAUUGAUUAUUGGAAUGAAGGAGUACUCCGUGAGAAUGGAAAAAAUCAUAAUAUAUCAGUUAGACAGAAAG